CGCAGGCGCAAGUUAAGCAAGGCGCCGCGCGAGUCGUAGUGGCGCUGUUUGCGCGUCUUCGCGCGGGACCGGGGCGCAGCGGGGUCGCUGAGGCGAGGGUGUCAUGUCAGACAACGAGGACAAUUUUGAUGGCGACGACUUUGAUGAUGUGGAGGAGGACGAAGGGCUAGAUGACUUGGAGAAUGCUGAAGAGGAAGGCCAGGAGAAUGUCGAGAUCCUCCCCUCUGGGGAGCGACCGCAGGCCAACCAGAAGCGAAUCACCACGCCAUACAUGACCAAGUACGAGCGAGCCCGUGUGCUGGGCACCCGAGCGCUCCAGAUUGCGAUGUGUGCCCCUGUGAUGGUGGAGCUGGAGGGGGAGACAGAUCCUCUGCUCAUUGCCAUGAAGGAACUCAACUACUUCCAGAAAGCAUUUGAGGAAGCACCAGUACAGGGAUAAGAGAUGAAGAGACAGGCCAGGUCAGGCUCACCAAGCAGGUAACCGGAACCUUUAAUUUUAUUAUGUGGAAUGCUUAAUGCAGAGUUAAUAGGGGCUAGAGUGGCUAGAAGAGGGGACUACUGAGAUAAAUAACAGGAGACAGUAAUGAGUUACAUGUGGAUCUGGGGGGCUGCAGAACAGGAAAAUAGGGGCAGAUAUAGCUACAUACUUUAUUCAAAUACCACUGGGAGGCAAGGGGUAAGAGGCAAGGGCAGAAUGUACAGGUCAGGAUUCUAGUGUCUUCAGCCUGCUGACAGCAACCUGGGUGCUGAGCCCUGUGUCUCCUGGAGCCAAGGGUUAGGGCCUGAGCAGCUGUCACUCUCUGGGAAGCCCAGGGAGUGGGGCUGACAGAGCAGGAGCCGUAGAGCCUAGUAAGGGAAGAGGGAGCUGGCAAGGAGCCCAGGGAGGGAGGCUCUGUGAAUUGUCUCUGAUUCCUUUCCUGGAGCCCCUGCCUCGUCACCUCCUGGGAUGCAUCUCAAGGUCAUGGAGGUUGUAGUGGAGGAGGACCGGGGGCUCUUUCUCGAUUAGACAAAGAAUGAGGUUAUUGGCACAGAAUUGGAUCUGGGGGCCUCUGUGCCAACUCCUUCCUGCCUUCGGAAGGGGAGGGGGCAUUGAAGGGAUGAAAACUCCACUAAGUCCCUCGAACCCCCUACUGCCCAGUGAUGCUCCUCAAAGCUACUCUCAGCCCCUGAGUGGGAGACACGGCCAGCUCUGGGCACAGUCUCUGGGUGGCCUAGCCCUUAGGUACUGUGGCAUAGGUGGCAUGGGCAUGUCAGACCCUCACUCUCUGUGAGAGAGAAAACAGGAGUCAUAGGAGUGGUAAGGCCUUCGAUGCCACCAACCCUGGUGCUUCCCCUUCCCGAGGAGGGUGAGCAGGUCCUUCUCAGGUCCUGGGAUAGAGGGUCAUUCCUGGGGGAAGGUGCAGCCCCUCAUCUUUCAGUGUGGGUGCAACAGUCAACCUCCUUCUCCUCUGUCCAGCCUGUUCUCCUGGGGCUUUGCUGCUGGAGCCUGGAUGGGGCGGGUGGGUCAUCAGGGCAAUGAGCCAGACAGAAAGCCCCCCGACCUGUCAGCCUCUUCAGCCUCCUCAGCCUCCUCCACUGCCACCGCCAGGCCUGAGGUGGGCAAGGAACAGGGCACACAGGCUGGGGGCAGGGGCUGGGCGGGGGUUGGUGGCGACAGGGCCCCCUUUAGGGCCGGGACAGCGUCGUAUAUACUGGCUGCUCCCAGUGUGUAGGGCUGUGGGACUGGGGCCCUGAGGGGCUGGGGUCAGAGAUGGCCGUGUAGAGGGGCCGCUGCGAGGGCCCCAUAUAGGAGAAGGCCGAGUAGAGGCCAGAGGUCUGGCCCGAGUGGCCGUAAUAGGGUCCUGAGGGCUGAUGGUCAGAGUAGUCAAACUGGGGGCGGGAGAUGGAGGGGAAGGCUGAGCCAUAGUGGGGCAGGCUGAGGGAGGUGUAGGCGAUCUGUGAGGUGGAUGGCUGGUCGGUGUAGUGUGGGGGCCCCUGGGGCCCCGCGGUCUCUGUCUUCACCUGGGCUUUGGCAUCCACACCAGGUGGUGAGACCGUGGGCAGAGCCACGCCUGGUGGCUUGGAGAUCCAGGCGGAGUGUCCACUGGCCACGGCCAGGGCGCUGCCCAGCCCAUAGCCGGCUGCUGAGUAGCUGCCCACGUGGCCUGGGUGCCCAUUGGGCGGCAGGUACUGGUCCAACUCAGCCACAUCAAAGGUCUCCAUGUUGGACAUUACCUCGUGGCUGAUCUCACCAAUGUCCACGUUGCCGAAGUCGAUGUGAGGCUUCCCGCCCUCCCCCAUGGAGCGCCCGUCCCGCUUCGGGUCUGCCUUGCCCGACUGCAGCUCUGUCUUCGGGGUGGUUGGAGGGGUAGGUGGGCCAUGGCUCUGGCCUGGGUGGAAGGGAGACAGAGAGAGAGAGCGCAAGGGGGAAACAGGUUAGAGGCAGGUGGGCGCACGUGAACUUCCAUGGUUCACCUUCAGGCAGCGGGUGCCUCUGGGAAAACCUUGUAAGUUUCACAUUUUGGCAGCAUGAGUCGGGGUUUGUUUUUUGUUUGUUUGUUUGUUUGUUUGAGACGGAGUUUCGCUCUUGUUGCCCAGGCUGGAGUGCAGUGGCGCCAUCUCGGCUCACUGCAACCUCUGCUUCCUGGGUUCAAACGAUUCUCCUGCCUCAGCCUCCUGAGUAGCUGGGAUUACAAGCGCCCACCACAAUGCCCAGCUAAUUUGUGUAUUUUUAGUAGAGACGGGGUUUCACCAUGUUGGCCACGGUUAUCUUGAACUCCUGACCUCGGCCUCCCAAAGUGCUGGGAUUACCAGUGUGAGCCACUGCGCCCCGCAGCAUUUGUUUAAAUACUGGUGUCUUAGAUUGAUCUCUAGUUUAUGAAAUUCUCAAAUCUUAGGGACGGGUCCUGGGGAGGCCUGCCUCCUUCUGAAAAAACCUUUCCUGUGGAAAGUUCUUCCUCUCAUCAGCUUCUCUGCUGUCCAGGUGGUCUGGCCUGGCCUUUGCACUCUGCCAGCCCUGCUUCCACACCCAUGCCGACUGUCUUCCUUGCAGAGCCUCGCUCGCCCAGGCUCCUGAGCGCUCUGUUUCACCUUUGCUGGUUGCCUGGGCCUGUUCCCUGUCCUGGCCUCGUGUUGUGUCCUUUCCAACCCUUCCCUCCUCCUGAGCCCACCCUGCUUCCCAGCCCACUGGCAGGCCCUCAGCCCCGUCAUACGCUGGCCUGUGUUGCCUUGUUGUUCCUUGAACUGCCUUCCUCCGUGGGAGGGCACUUAGAAAACUGGUCCUUGUUCCUUUGUCUGUUCACUUUCCUAUUCACAUAUUAAUUUAGCAAACUCUUAGGGAGCAUUACAAAAUGCCAGGUACUGUGCCAGGUGCUGGGGAUACAAACAUAAAUAAAAUGGAUCCCUGUUCCCAAAAGCUCAUAGUCUAGUCAUAGAUCCAUAGAUCCACAUGCACCCAGAGUUGGAAGUGCUGUGAUGACAAUAUGCAAGGACUUGGGAGACCAGAGGAGGAGUCUGCCCGCUGCCUCAGGGAUUUGGGGAAGGUCUCAUUGGGGAAGGAUGUCUGAGUGGGGUGGGGCCUUGAAGGGUGAGAAAAAGUCUAUGUCCAGUUUCAUUCUGAGGUGGUUGCUCUGUAUGUGGUCCGGGGUCUCCUGGUGUGUAUGUGUGUCCCUGAAUCUUUGAAGGUGAAGAGUAUGUACACGUGUGUGGGAGGGAUGACUGCCUGGCAUCCCAUUGGAGACAGAACAUGUCCAUGGUCUUAAGAGACUAGGAGCUCCCCAAGGACAGGCCUGUGCCUCCUUCAUCAGACCAGAGGCAGCGCCAUGUCCUGCAUUGGCCAAUUGUACUUCAAGAGACCUGCCUAGGUUUUUGAAUCCUGGUUUUGUGUCUGGACAAAUCCCCAGUCUUCUCUUAACCAGUUUCCUUGUCAGUAAAAUAGAGAUUGUACCAAGCAGCCCAGGCAUUGCCUCUUUCUGGAAGCCUUCCUUGACAAGAGUCUGGUGGGCAGUGGGGUGUUCUCGGAGACCUGACUGGAUGGGAUGGACGGCCGUGCCACCUCUGGAUCUCACACAGGCUUCUUGUGCACUUGUUUAUAUAUAUAUAUAGUAAGAGAUAGGAGGCUGGGCGUGGUGGCUCAUGCCUGUAAUCCCAGCACUUUGGGAGGCUGAGGUCAGGAAUUUGAGAGCAGCCUGGCCAACAUGGUGAAAAACCAUCUCUACUAAAAAUACAAUAAUUAGCUGGGUGUGGUGGCGUGCACCUGUAAUCCCAGCUACUCAAGAGGCUGAGGCACAAGAAUCGCUUAAACCCAGGAAGCAGAGGUUGCAGUGAACCAAGAUGGCACUGCUGCACUGCAGCCUGGGCAACAGAGCAAGACUCCAUCUCAAAAAAAAAAAAAAGACACAGAGUCUUACUAUAUUGCCCAUGCUGGUCUCAAACUCAUGGGCUCGGGUGAUCCUCCCACCUCAGCCUCCUGUGUAGCUGGGACUGCAGGCGCAUUCUACCAUGCCUAGCUUUGUUUCUUCCUGUGUUUAAUUCACUCAUUUUCAUCCCUGCUCCUCUCUCUAGACCAUGGGCCCCUGAGGCCAGGGACUGUAGGCUUCCCUGGUUAGUACCCCUGGUGUCCACUCCAAUGUUUGACACAAAGUAGGACUCAGAGCGUGUCUUCUGAAGGCAGAGCUCUGCUCACUGAGCGCUUCCCAUGUGGCAGACCUGUGUGUGUCACUUUCUGUACAUUAGGAACACAGGCAAGGCAGCUGUGGUGCCAAGCAGAAGCCCUGGAGCCAAACUGGGGAAGUUCCUGUCUGUUUCUCAUCAGUAAAAUGAGAGUAACUUGCCACAGCUGAGAUCUGAGCCCAGGCAGUUUGGCUACCUCAUCACACUGUUCGCAAUGAUUGAGUUAGUAUACAUAAGGCAACUAGCACCUAGCACAGUGCCUGGAACAGAGUAGGUGCUCAAUUAAUGUUAGCUGUUAUUAUCAUUAAUGAAAAUUAAACAAGAUAGCUUAUGUCUGGCCCAUCCAUGGCCAGACACGGCAUCACAUGCCAUGUCUCCUCUGUCAGAAUGGCUGGUGGGAUUUGGGAGGCCAAGGCGGGCAGAUUGCCUGAGCUCAGGAGUUUGAGACUGGGCCUGGGCAAUACAGUGAAGCCCUGUCUCUGCUAAAAUACACAAAAUGAGCCAGACGUGGCGGUGUGCACCUUUAGUCCCAGCUACUCGGGAGGCUGAGACAGGAGAAUUGCUUGAACCCGAGAGGAAGAGGUUGCAGUGUGCCAAGAUCAUGCCACUGCAGUCUAGCCUGGGCGACAGAGUGAGACUGUCUCCAGAAAAAAAAAAAAAAAAGAAUGGCUGAUGGAAAAGAGGCAGUGAUUUCCUCUCCUCCAUUUGAUCUUCCAUUUCUCAAAACCAUCCUGUCUUCUCCCCCUUUCCUUGUAACUGCCUCAGCCACCUCUCACUCCACGACCUCUACAGAGUCUUUUUUUUCCUUUGAGACAGAGUCUC